CUGCUUAUAGGAAUGCAUGUCGACAUGAAAGUCUGAAACUUUAUACUGUUUCUGUUUCUAUUUUUGGAUUAUUUUUUGGUUCAAUGGAAAGAGCCCCUCAAAUUCAGAGCAAAGAUUCGUGGCAGGAAUCUCUCUGUUCUGUUCAUCGUUUCUUCGAGACUGGGUUCUUACCAUAAUUACGACAUAAGAAUUCUGACCCGUAAUUUCAGGCCUUCACUGAUUUCUUUCCUUUUCCUUUUUCUGUAUGAUUUCCACUCUGGUUUUGCGGGUUUUUUUUUUUUCUUUUUGCUAUAUAUAGAGACAUGCAUGAAUGUGUUUAUUAUUCUCUUUUAUUUUUUGGAGAGUUAAUUUAAGGUGAUUAAAUUAUAUUGAUUGUUUGAAGGAAUGUCAUUAAUGAUUUUCCUGAAUAAUGAUUUAUAGGUUGAAUUGAGAGUUGACAUUUGAUCAAGUUUUUCCAAGCGAGAGAGAGAGACAGAGACUGAGGAGAAGGAGAUAUGAAGAAUUCUGUGUCAGAACAGAGUUUCUACAUAGAAAGCGAUGAGGAAGACGAGGAGAAGGCCGGAGAGAAAGCCGGCGAAAACGACGACGAAAACGAUGUCGGAAAUGAUUCUGAUUCUUCCGGUUAUUCAAAUGACAACGAUAACAAACGUCAGCAGAGCCAAUCAGUAACCCCUUCUUGGCCUCAAAGUUACAGGCAGUCAAUCGAUUUAUACAGUAGUGUACCAUCCCCAAGUGUUAACUUCCUGGGGACGUCUUCUCUAUCACGUUUUGGAAGCUCAUUUCUUUCUUCCACACUGAUACGGAGGCACACUCCUGAAGUACUACCUACUCUACAAAAACCUCUUAUUGAGGAGCAGCCACCACAAGAAAGGCGCAGUUCGCACUCGCUGUUGCCUCCUGCUGGAAGGAAGUCUUCUAUAAGGAAGGGGUCAUAUUAUGACCGGAAAACAUCCAAGGUCUCACACGAGGUUUCUCUUCCUCGGUCAAGCUCAUAUGGACAAGCUGUGGUAAAUGGUAUUAAUGUUCUUUGUGGUGUUGGGAUUCUUUCGACUCCAUAUGCUGUCAAACAAGGUGGAUGGCUUGGGAUCUCUAUUCUGUUGAUAUUUGCUGUCCUCUCUUAUUACACUGGUAUUCUUCUACGUUACUGCUUGGACAGUCAGCCAGGGCUCGAGACUUACCCAGACAUUGGCCAGGCAGCUUUCGGAACAGGAGGGCGUAUUGCUAUAUCUAUAAUUUUAUACGUGGAGUUAUAUGCUUGUUGCGUUGAAUAUAUAAUUCUUGAGGGUGAUAAUUUAUCAUCUUUGUUUCCUAAUGCCCACUUGAGUCUGGGAGGACUAGAGUUAAAUUCUCAUCAGCUUUUUGCAUUGCUCACGACCAUAACUGUUCUUCCAACUGUGUGGCUGAGAGAUCUUAGCGUGCUUAGUUACAUUUCAGCUGGAGGAGUGAUCGCUUCAAUAUUAGUAGUUUUAUGCUUAUUCUGGGUGGGCUUGGUGGAUCAAGUGGGUUUUCAACCCAAUGGCACCACUUUAAAUCUCACAACUCUUCCAGUCGCUAUCGGCCUAUGGGGUUAUUGCUACUCAGGCCAUGCUGUUUUUCCCAAUAUCUAUACAUCAAUGGCCAAACCAGGGCAGUACAAUGCUGUUCUUUUAGCCAGUUUUGGAAUAUGCACCGUGAUGUAUGCGGGAGUUGCUGUAUUCGGAUACUUGCUGUUCGGAGAUUCAACACAAUCACAGUUCACUCUUAACCUGCCACAAGAUUUAGUUGCCUCCAAAAUUGCAGUUUGGACGACGGUUGUGAAUCCAUUUACAAAAUAUGCUUUGACCAUGACCCCAGUGGCCAUGUGUCUGGAGGAAUUGAUACCUUCAAACCACGUCAAGUCGUACAUAUAUUCAGUCCUCAUACGGACGGGGUUGGUUGUCUCUACCUUGCUUGUAGGUCUCUCUGUUCCCUUCUUCGGUUUGGUGAUGGCGCUCAUUGGAUCUUUACUUACAAUGCUAGUGACGUUGAUACUUCCUUGUGCUUGCUAUCUUCGCAUCUUGAAGGGGAAAAUAAACCUAGUCCAGAAAUCGAUAUGUAUACUAAUCAUAGCAGUUGGAGCUGUGUCGUCGGCUUUUGGAUCAUAUUCUGCCAUCUCCAAAAUUGUUGAGAACUUGAGCAGUUAAUUAAAACAUCUCAAAAUUUUGUUUGUGAUAUUGCUAUAGUAGGGAUAGGACUUCUUUUUUUUUUUUUUUUAUAUAUUCUCAAGGGAAGACUAUCUCCUUCCAUCUCAAGAAAUGAGAUUUUUCGAAGGGUAGUUUACCAAAUUCUGUGUCACUUGACCAUAAACGGUUUCUAUAUGGUUUUUACAGUGGAAUUAAAACUCAGAUGGUGUUGAGUGAGUAGCAUACAAACUUUGAGCUCCUUUAUGCAACAUUUUGUUUUACAUAUAUACAUGCUAUUUCCGCUU